AUGCAGGUAACUGACAAGAUAAGUGAUUGUAAAGCAAGCUUAACCAAGGUCUGUGUUGGCAAAAUGAAUGGAAAAUCUGAAGACAGACCAUUACCAAACCCUGCGUCCUUGGAUCCCAGCGAUCCUAGCAUUGUAGAAACAGAGAAACCAGAGGCUGAGAAAGCUACCGUGGAAGUUGAAUACGUUGAUUCUGAGAACUUGGAUAAUGUGGACGAUGUUGAUGCAGUUCUCAAGUCGGUUCUAGCUGGCCUCGAUUCCAAGGAGUGGGUAUCAGUCUGUGAUGCUCUUAAUAAUGUUCGUCGGCUUUCGAUAUAUCACAAGGAAGCAAUGCUGCACAUGCUCGAAAAAGUGAUACCACUCGUCGUGAAGUCACUGAAAAAUCCAAGAAGCGCAGUGUGUAAAACCGCAUGCAUGACAUCUGCAGACAUCUUCGGUGCAUAUAACAACCAUAUAACAGAUCUGUUGGAUUCUCUGCUUACACAACUCCUCCUCAAGUCUUCCCAAGACAAGCGGUUUGUUUGCGAGGCAGCAGAGAAAGCUUUAACAGCAAUGACCAAAUACGUUUCCCCCACUUUGCUGUUACCUAAGCUGCAACCCUGUCUCAAGAACAGGAAUCCUCGGAUCCGUGCAAAGGCGUCAUUAUGCUUUUCCAGAAGUGUUCCCCGACUGGGAGUUGAAGGUAUUAAAGAAUAUGGAAUCGACAAAUUAGUUCAAGCAGCUGCGUCUCAGCUUAGCGAUCAGCUCCCUGAAUCCCGCGAGGCUGCACGGACUGUCCUACUAGAACUUCAGACCGUGUACGAAAAAGCUCAUCCUCUCAUCAAACCUGAGACUUCGUCAUUAUCAUCGCCAGCAGAAGAGUUAAUCCCAGAGGCAGAAUCGAUUACUUGGGAAACUUUCUGUCAGUCAAAACUGUCGGCUCUAAGCGCACAAGCCGUGCUUCGUGUCACCAAUGUUGUGACUGUGACUGCUCGGGAGGGUUUGGUUACUACAGGUUCAUCUUCUUCAACUCGGUUAUAA